AUGCCCACUUCCUCAGUCCUAGCAUCCACAACCGGGGUUCGCUUCACCCGUUCCUCCUUUUACGAAGUUCUUGGGAUUCCUAUGACAGCUUCUUCCCGGGAAAUCAAGGCGGCUUACCGGAAGCUAGCGAGAACCUGUCAUCCCGACGUUGUGGCCGAGAAUUCAGCGGAGGAGUUUAUUAAAAUUCAAACGGCGUAUUCAACAUUGUCGGAUCCGGAUAAAAGGGCGGAUUACGACAGGGAGAUUUGCAGAGCUCAAUUGCUUUCGGUUUCGGGGUUGUCGUCUCGGACGCCUGUCUCGGGUUAUUCCGGUUACUACACACGGCGAAAUUGGGAAUCGGAUCAAUGUUGGUAG